UGCUCGUAAAAGUGGAAAAGUGAUGAUUCAUUUGAAAGCACCUGAAGUUUAGGCUUAGGACUUAAUGGUUCUUGUUGUGUUAUUGUUAAGCUAACAAUAAGUUCCGUAAAAGAAUAUUCAGGCUCAUCGAUUAGGCAGACUAUUUCAGUUGAAAAGCAAUGGAUCGGCUGUUGAGACUUGGUGGUGGCCUUACAGGAUUAGGGCAGGGACCUCCUCCAGGAGAUGGACCUGUUGUUGAUACAGCUGAACAAGUUUACAUAUCAUCGUUGGCCUUGCUAAAGAUGCUGAAGCACGGACGAGCUGGUGUUCCCAUGGAGGUUAUGGGGCUUAUGCUGGGAGAAUUUGUUGAUGAUUAUACAGUGCAGGUUAUUGAUGUUUUUGCCAUGCCUCAGUCUGGAACGGGAGUGAGUGUGGAAGCUGUAGACCCUGUGUUCCAGGCAAAGAUGUUAGACAUGUUGAAACAAACAGGAAGGCCUGAAAUGGUUGUUGGUUGGUACCACUCUCACCCAGGAUUUGGGUGCUGGUUGUCAGGAGUUGACAUCAACACUCAGCAGAGCUUUGAAGCGUUGUCUGAGAGGGCUGUAGCAGUAGUGGUGGACCCGAUUCAGAGCGUCAAGGGAAAGGUUGUAAUUGAUGCAUUCAGACUGAUUAACCCUAACAUGAUGGUACUGGGACAAGAACCUCGUCAGACUACCUCCAACUUAGGACAUCUGUCUAAACCUUCCAUACAGGCUCUCAUUCAUGGUCUAAACAGGCAUUAUUAUUCUAUAUCUAUCAACUACAGGAAGAAUGAACUUGAACAGAAGAUGCUUCUUAAUCUCCACAAGAAAAGCUGGAUGGAUGGGUUAACUCUUUCUGAUUACGAUGAGCACUGCCAGCUCAAUGAAAAGACGGUGACAGAAAUGCUUGAUCUUGCUAAGGCUUACAAUAAGUCUCUAGAAGAAGAAGACAAAUUAACACCUGAACAACUCGCCAUUAAAAAUGUUGGAAAGAAGGAUCCAAAAAGGCAUCUCGAAGAGAAUGUUGAUGUGCUUAUGACCUCCAAUAUUGUCCAAUGUUUAGGAUCAAUGCUAGACACUGUUAUCUUUAAGUAACCAUAGCAAGUUUCUUUGUGGUGAUAUGUUUAACAUAAUCUGUACUAGGUUUAAUAAAAGUCACUUGUGUCUAUACAUAAAA